UUCUACUAGUACCAUUUUUGCACUAUAAAUUCAAGUUUAAUACAUUCAUAAAUCAUAAUAUUCAUCCAUCCUUUUGAUAACCAUCAUUGCAUAUUAUUGCACUAUGUAUCCACAGAACAAAACUGAACAAGUAAUGGGAGAAUUAGAAGGUUCCAACUUGAACAAAAUAGAAUCAUCGCAGCCACAGUCUCUGGACUAUGUUCUUGAAAAUGAAUCAGAUACUGAUGAGAACACUAUCACUAUCACUAUCAACCAUGAGCCUAAUCAGCAACAGGUCAUUUCUCCACUUCAUGAUCUGAAUGCUGGGUUUGAAAGAAUUGCAACAGAGAAAAGAUUGGCUUUAAUUAAAGCAUGGGAAGAAAGUGAAAAGACAAAAGUAGAAAACAGGGCAUAUCAGAGGCAAUCUGCAGUUGGAUUGUGGGAGGAAAGCACCAAAGCAUCUGUAGAGACACAACUCAAAAAAUUUGAGGAAAAUUUGGAAAGAAUGAAGGUUGAGUAUGUUUUAAAAAUGAAAAAUGAAAUAGCUGAAAUCCAUCAGUAUGCUGAAGAGAAAAGGGCAAUAGUUGAGGCUCAAAAAAUGGAAGAAUUUCUUGAGCUAGAGGAAACAGCUGCAAAGUUUCGUAGUAGCCGUAGAGUUGCACGAAAGAAAUUUUUUGCAUGCUUUAGCUGUUGAGUAUCUUUAAG